UUGCGUGAGCAGCCAGAAUCAUCCAUUCGGUGUAAACACUAGGAGGAAUUAGCGCCAAUCAACUGACAUUUUUGGUGACGACAUCGAAGUUUAUCUCUCUCUCUCUCCCACCAAACCUUUAAUUGAUCAGCUCCUUUCCUUCUCUUGAGCGGCCUCUGGACUAUCUCCAUUCAAUCGAACGGAAUAUGGAACCACUCUUGUGUUCCGGCCGCAUAUCAUCCCCUUCUUCACCAUCCUUCUCCAAUUUCAAUCACAUUUAUUAUAUUCCACCAUUUGCAGCAGCAGCUUACUGGAAUUCUCCUAAAUCUGAUGCAAGGACGCGGACAAAGAAGUUGAAACUCUCUCCAAGGUCCUCACCAGUUUCCAAUUUAGUGGGUACCAUUGAUUUCCCAAACAUCAAUCGCGGUCUCAAGAGCAGGACAUCAAUUAAUGCUGUCGCGAGCAGCGAAACCGCCCUAGAAUUGAGUAACCUUCCUGCUUCAAGCGCCCUUGAACUGCUUGAUAUAGAGCGUGGUGUUUGUGUUCCCUUCCGCAAAUAUAGCCCCAAGGCGGUGAGGGAUAAGGUGCUGGAAUCUAGAGGAGCCAUUCUGUCUCUCAUUGGCAGGGGAACAGAGAUUGUGUUUAACUUGGGAUUUUACUGGUCUACCUUAGUGUACGAUUUCAUAGUGGGUCGUGAUCAAGAAGUGGUCCCUGAUCGUGCCCGACAACUUAGAAAUCUUUUGUGUGAUUUAGGACCGUCUUUUAUCAAGGCUGGACAGGUUCUUGCUAAUAGACCUGACAUUAUUAGGGAAGAUUAUAUGAACGAACUUUGUAUUCUCCAGGAUGAUGUUCCUUCUUUCCCAAAUCAGGUUGCAUUCAAAAUAAUCGAAGAGGAAUUGGGUCAGCCACUUGAAGAUGUUUUCAGCAUGAUUUCUUCGGAGACAAUAGCUGCUGCAAGUUUGGGUCAAGUAUACAGAGCUACUCUUCGGGCCUCUGGGGAAGAUGUUGCUAUUAAGGUGCAAAGGCCUGGGAUAGAACCCAUCAUCUAUAGAGACCUCUUCCUUUUCCGUAACCUUGCUUCAUUCUUGAAUGGAAUCAGUAUGCAGAAAUUGGGAUGCAAUGCAGAGCUCAUAGUUGAUGAAUUCGGUGAAAAGCUUUUGGAGGAGCUGGACUAUAACUUGGAAGCUCUUAACAUUGAGGAUUUUCUGGAGAACUUCAAAGAUGAUCCCACUGUAAAGAUUCCUCGAGUUUACAAGCAGCUUUCGGGUUCACGUGUUUUGGUGAUGGAGUGGAUUGAUGGUAUACGAUGCACCAAUCCUCAGGCAAUCAAGGAAGCAGGGAUUGAUAUGAAUGGAUUCUUGACUGUUGGAGUUAGUGCUGCCCUCCGCCAGUUACUAGAAUUUGGGUUGUUUCAUGGAGACCCACACCCUGGCAAUAUCUUUGCUAUGCGAGAUGGACGAAUAGCAUAUGUAGACUUUGGUAAUGUGGCUGUGCUUAGUCAGCUAAACAAACAAAUUCUGAUAGACGCUGUAGUCCAUGCUGUGAAUGAAGACUAUUUUGAGAUGGCAAAUGAUUUCACCAGACUUGGUUUCCUUGCCCGUGGAACAGAUGUUUCCCCCAUUGUUCCUGCUCUAGAAGCAAUUUGGCAGAACUCUGCCGGUAAAGGACUCUCAGACUUCAACUUCAGAUCUGUUACAGGAAAGUUUAACCAACUGGUUUACCAGUAUCCCAUCAGAAUCCCAGAGAGAUUUUCUCUGGUAAUUCGUUCAUUACUGACUCAAGAGGGAAUUUGUCUCACCCUGGAACCAAAUUUCAAAUUUCUUGAGGUUGCUUAUCCAUAUGUGGCCAAAAGACUUCUCACAGAUCCAAACCCUGCCUUACGUGAACGUCUCAUACAGGUAUUAUUUAAAGAUGGUGUUUUCCAGUGGAAACGCCUGGAGAAUUUAAUAGUUCUAGCUAAGGAAAACGUGACAAAGAUGAGUAACAAUCCUGCUGUCAAUGGGAACAUUGAAAGUUCAGCAACACGACCGGUGCAGAUUGAGAGAAAAUUGGACCUGACAGAUACGAUAAAGGAUGGGGCUCGACUAUUCCUAGUAGAUGAAGGAAUCCGCAAGCAACUACUUCUUGCUUUAACGGAAGAUUCCAAACUUCACAUUCAAGAGCUCCUUGAUGUGUAUCGACUUGUGGAGGAUCAGAUAGAUAUGCCAUCAGUUGCUUUUGAGGUAGCACGAGAUUUACCCUCUUUUGCAAGAGAUGCGAUGCUUUCCUGGACCAACUCCGUCUUGUCUGAUAGGUAAUCUAAAUAAAAAUAUUAUAGAAGAGAUUUGUACAAAAUACAAAAUGUAGAUUAUAUAGGAAAAAAAGUCUUCAAAGAUAAAAAAAAAUGUGUCAUAUCCUGUCAUAUAUAAUCAUUCUUUGCUCUGUAA